UGAUUAUAAUACAAGUCGUCUAUGUGAUGUGUUUUUAAAUUGCUUCUACAAAAUUGCUUUUUGUUAGUAACUUCUGUUCAUCGUGGCGUCGUCAAGGGGGAAGCAAGGGAAGAAUCUCGAUGAGCACACAGUGGAGAGCCUGGCGGAAGUAUUCCGAUGUUUCAUAUGUAUGGAAAAGCUGCGCGAUGCGCGGCUCUGCCCGCAUUGCUCCAAGCUCUGCUGCUUCAUGUGCAUACGGAGGUGGCUGACAGAGCAGCGGUCACAGUGUCCACACUGCAGGGCGUCGCUGCAUCUGCACGAGCUCGUCAACUGUCGCUGGGCGGAGGAAGUGACGCAGCAGCUCGACACGCUGCAGUCGAACGCGGGCAAGUCGGAGAGCACGGAGAAGGACACCUGCGAUGUUCAUCGCGAGAAGCUGAGCGUCUACUGCUGGAGCUGCAGAGUCUGCAUCUGCCACCAGUGCGCGCUCUGGGGCGGAACGCACACGAACCACACGUUCAAGCCCCUCGACGAGGUCUACGAACAGCACAUCACGUCGAUCAAGGAAGAGGUGGCAGCGCUGAGGCGCCGUCUCAUGGAGCUCAUUAGUCUAGUCCAAGAAGUGGAGAAGAACGUGGAGGAAGAAGAACCUGAUGAUUCGCCGCGGCUCGGCACUCACAGCGAAGAGCAAAGCCUCUACACUCAGGGUCAGAAGCAGUCGCUGACGCAGGAGACGGAGUACCUGGAGAGCCUGCUGCAGGACGUGGAGCACGAGCUGCACACGACGACGCGCAGCGAGCUGAUCAGCCGCAGCGCCGCCCUCAUGCAGAUGUUCAAGGACGUGCACCGCAAGCCGAUGGCCUCCUUUGUCACCGCGCCCGUGCCGGCCGACUUCAACAGCGAGAUUGUGCCGCACUACGACAGCAGCACGUUUGUGAUGAACAGCUUCACGGUGCUGCGUCACAAGGCCGACCCCGUCUACAGCCCGCCGCUACACGUCAACGGUCUCGUGUGGAGGCUCAAGGUCUACCCGGACGGGAACGGAGUCGUGAGAGGAAACUACCUGUCAGUGUUCCUGGAACUCUCCGGUGGCCUUCCAGAAACCUCCAAGUACGAGUAUCGCGUGGAGAUGGUGCACCAGGCGUCGCGAGAUGUCAGUAAGAACAUCGUUCGAGAGUUCUCGUCUGACUUUGAGGUCGGCGAGUGCUGGGGAUACAAUCGCUUCUUUCGUCUCGACCUUCUUGCCACUGAGGGAUAUCUCAACACAGAGACCGAUACACUCGUGCUAAGGUUUCAAGUGAGGCCACCCACUUUCUAUCAGAAGUGCAGGGACCAGCAGUGGUAUGUCACUCAACUAGAAACGACGAAUUCGCAGCUCGUUUCACAGAACAACGAUCUGAAAGAGAGAAUUGCGAUAGAGCUUUCGAGGAACCAAGGAUCGGCUGGAAAGAAAGCGCAGUCACCAAUGUUCUACAACUACGCGCGCAGUGAUAGCUCGCACAUUCCUUGCCACCCGAAGCCAAGCCCGCCACACGUCGCCAUGCCGACGUGCGCGCACGCAGACGGCAUCGAAAACAACAGCGACAUGGACGACGAUGUCAGCGACGACAACAACACUCAGGAGGAGCUGAGUGAGGGGGAGCUGGAGCAGGAGCUGUUGGAGGAGGACCUGAUGGAGCAGUCGAACGAUGAGAACGACGUCGACGAGGAAACCAUGUCCGGCGACAACGACGUUGAACGCAGCGCCUCCUGGCAGCAGGGUAGCGGAGACGCGCUCGCACAGCCCUGCGAGGCGACUAAGUCGCCCGGCGGCGGCGGCGGCGGAGGCGGAUGCGCGAAGCCAACGCUGGCAGACGACGAGACGGUGCUGCUGCAGCUGCUCGACAUGCAGGACAGGCAGGCGGAGGAGGCUGCGCAGACGAUGUGGGAUCUACAGAGCCGGCCGCAGCCGCUCAAUCAGAGGACGACGAAGUCGUUUUUCCGACUGUCUGACGUGAACAUCCCGACGACAGCUGCAGCCGUGGGUUCGUCUUCACCGUCACGGGGCAGCAAGUCCAGCAGGCAGGAAUGUGCUGAGAUGCGAGCGAGCGGCACGGCCACGAGCAACACGGUGCGCCUGCGAACCCUCGGUGACGGCUUCCCCGGCGGCUUCCCCCACGAGCGAAGAGGAAGCCUUCCCUGUAUGCUGGACACGGAGUCGCUAUUGGACGAGAGCCUAGAGCAGAUGCCCAUUCACAGCGCUGAUUCGAGUGUGGAGGGCGCUGCCCCAAGCACCGCGACGCUCGUAGCUCGCAUGAGCCAACUUGUUGAAGAUCACAUAAAGAGUGAGCCGGCCUCACCGGCUCGUAACUCAGGUAACAGGAUGUCGCACGGUUCGGCGGCCGUCUCGAGCAAGAUUCUUACGUCGACAGCCGGCACCGUGAAGGCCCACCACCCUGUACAGAUGAAGCCGACAGAGCCGGCUUCCUCGAAGCCACCGGCCUCUGCUGCCGCAUCAGUCGUAGCUACCGCAUCGGGACCAGCUGACACCGAACAGGAAGGAAAUGAGAAGGAGGCUGCUAGUGGGAAGAAGGCACAGAAGUCUGGAUCGCCUCAGCGGGAAGUUAGCGCCAGCUCUCAACCAAAUAAGACCGAGAGAUCUGGAAGAAACAACUCGGCAGUGAUAUGAAACCCUUGACGCGUCCGUGCCGACCGGAGCCUCUGCUUGAGUGGGAGGAGCGUUUGCCGCGACCUCAAACACAUCCGCUGUAUGUCGCAAUAGGGGGGGGGGAACUAUACACAGUUAGUUACUACUAAGCCAGUUUUUACACGAUGGGUUGUCAACCUUCACUCCAAUCAUGAACUUUUGCAAUGCACUCACACUCUGCGGACAGCGAUGGGCUCGCGAGUAGACCAUUGUCUGAGUGGCUACACCUGGUGGUGACCUUACGACCUUGACCGCUGUACUGCGACGCAAUACCCCCGUGACUCGAGUUAUCUGCAUUCGGCAAGCGGAGCGUUUGUCUCGGCGACUUAAGGAAGGGAGCGAAUCGGCGAUUCGCGUGAGACCCGCACCGUCCUUGGGAAUCGUGUUGUGUUUCUGGAUGGAUGGUGCGGAAUCUGGGGUGACGGUUUUUACUCGAGCGGUGAUUAGGAUCUCAGAGGUUUGAGCGAGUUUACAAAAGCUUAAUCCUCAGAUUUAAUUGCACUUUUUCCCCCGGCAAUCGUGUGGAGGGUUUACCCAGAAAGGUCUUUUUUAUGUUUCUUUCCGAGUUGACCGAAAUUUUUCUACGAUGAGGCAACCGCUGGCAAUUGCCGCCGUAUGAGUGUCGGUGCCGCGAAAGUGUUGACCCACCGGAAGAAUUGUUUGUUUGUGUUUGUGUGAAAGUCGUCGUCGGUUUUUGUGAGAGGUAAAACCUUAGCAGCUCCCACUUUAUCGAGUUUACUAUGGGGGGAAAUUGGAGCGUUUGUGCUGCCAUCUAUCAAGGGGGAGAGUGACUAGAAGUAACUGGUCGUGGGAAGGGGAGGGGUGUAUGAAGUUAUGAACGACCGGUCCGUUAUCGUUUGCUGUAGCGUCUGUUAGCCUGCGCGCUUCGUGAUGUCACCGCUCGCAUUUCAGUAGCGUAGUUUAGUUCAAGCUUUUUGUUAUAACAAAAAUGUGUUUAUUAAAAUGUAUAUUUUGCAAAGCGAGGCACUAACCUGCACCAUCGAAGUUGUGAUAGGAGGAAUCUGUGAAUAUAAAGUGCGCAGCUGUUGUCUGGUUGUUAAGCAAUUUUCAUGUUUCUGUGUUCUGUCAAAUUGAUUCAAACUAAUAGAAUUGUGUCACCCACACAUUGCAUAAAAAUUGCACUUAAAUUCAAAUUGGCAUAGGUUUUACUUUGUAGUGCUGUCCCAUGUUUAAUUUGAAAAUACUUACAACUUGCAAUCUCGGGUAUAAAAGAGAAAGAUUCUUUUAUGUUAUUAGAUGGCUUUUUUGAUAUUUAUUGAGUUCACUCGAUUGCAAGACCCAGUUCAAGUAUACUUGGCAAAUUUUUCUUUCAUGUAGCAUUAUAGAGGUACAGAUAUGGAAACGAGCAAAUGGAACUUAUGCUACUUUGCUAUGUAUGUAUUUAUUUCAGUGCGUAAUGCAAAAAUAAAAUAUUUAUUGCAUA